AUGUGGGUCUUUCUUGCUACCAUGGAUUCUGCGCGCGUGUAUGAGUUUUGGGCCACCCUACGCGAGUAUGGCAUUACACACAAGAACGUCAUCAAGUGCAACAUGGAUCACGAUGUUCCGGAUCUGUCACUGGCCAAACACCAUGUCAUGGCAGUCACACUUGAAAUAAAAAAUGCGCUGGCUACAUGGAUUGAUGACGACCCCAAGCACAACUCCAAUACGUUGUUCAAGAUGCUCAAGGCGUCCAUUGGUCAAGAAAGUUUCGAUGGCAUGUCAUGUCCCACUUUGAAGCAAGUGCAGCAUGCAGUACACUACAUGCGGUCCAAAGACCUUUUGCAGAAAAGCACCGUUCCUGCAGCGAUUGAAGAACUCAUGAAGUGGCGACUCACCGACAACAUUGAAGACCAGGUUGUGCACAAACCAUUUGUGUUUGGUGUCGAGGAGGAAGCUGGUAGCUUCAAACUUGGCGACGGUGGUAUGCAGGCAUUUCGCGUUGGAUUGUCAACAGUGGACUCCUUCGAAAGUACCACGCUGUGGUCACAGCCAACCACGACAUUUUCGACGAACGUGUUGGGCUACCCCAUGUUUGUAUUUGGAUACUCCGACAUGGCGGGCUCAUUUCACCUUCUGUUCGUAUGCAUCACGUCGCAGCGGGCCCACGCCGACGUCGCGUGGCUCCACUGCGGUCACUGA